AUGAACAGAAUUACUUCAUCAGCCGCUCAUAACACAUCCGUCAUCACAAAAUUCUUGAGAAAGGCUAAAAAGAAUCAGUACAUCUUCUUCUUUCCUUCACCCUAUACCACCAACAGAUCCUUCCACACACAAAAUAAAUUAUUCGAUGGUCCUAAAGGAUUUUCUGACUUGUUCAAAGAACAUUUAAAGAGAAAUAUCCAAAACAAUGAAUCUGUGCAAAAAGCUAUUUUAAAUUAUCAAGAAAGUUUACUCGGUAAAGGUGUUGAAAAAUUAAAACCAGCUUUAGAGAAAAGUAGAGAAUCAAUUAACAAGACAUCAUCAGCUAUUGAUGAAACAACAGAAAAAAUCCUUCAGUCAGAAACAAUGUCUAAAGUCGGAAAGGCUGUAGACUCUGCCUAUGAUGUUCUGAAUCAAAAAGUUGGUCUUAAAUAUAUUACUGAGGUUGCAAGCAACAGAAUUUCCGAAUUGAAGAGAGCUCCAGUUUUCUUCUUUAGAACUAAAUAUGCAAGAGAAUUGGAUUUGUCUCAAGGUUUUGUUUAUAACCCAUUCACUCGUUCCUUGGUAAAUAUUACAGAAAUUAUUAGUCAAGAGGAAUUGGAAACAAUGGUGCAAGAAAUUAAAGAAAAGAACGAGUUAAGAUCAACAAGUGAACCAGAAGAAGGUACAAGUGAAGAAUUUGUGGAACAUGAACGUCAAGAACAAGAAAGAGAAGAGCUUAUUAAACUUUUGACAGCAAGAAUGCAAGAACAACGAAUUCAAGAAAGUGAAGCUGGAAAACCAAAAGUCAACCCAACAGAUGCUGAAACAAUCAAACUUACACGUGAAAAUUCACCUGUUAUUUCAACAUUAAUUGAACCAUAUUAUAUUAAUUCAGGAUUUGUUAAGAAAACACAAGCUCUCUUACAAGAUAUUCUGUUCAAGCAAACUGGUAAAAAUCCAAGUUUGUUAUUUAGAGUACCAGGAAUACUUAAUGCUUUGAGCGAAACAAUCUCAUUUAUUGAUGCAAGAACUGCUCAAGAAAAAGUUAAGAAGUCUAAGGAAGAGGAUAUUCCUGAUACCGAAGCUGAUAUUUCAUCUACAUCAGAAAAUGCUUUGGCUAUGGGUGCAUUCAAGAAACGUGAUCCUAGAUUUGAUUUGGAUUUGUUGUUAGUCACAAUGGAAACUUUAAUUAUUCCAGAAAUUAUGUCUGCCUAUUUUAAUGAUGAUGCACACACCAUCAAGAAAUUUGUUUCCGAAUCAUGUUAUCGUCAAGUUUUCUUCCCUAGAAUUCAAGAAAGAGUUCACACAAAGAUUAAAUAUGAUGCCAAGAUUUUGCACGUUGAAGAUGUAAUGCUCUACACAACUAGAUAUGAUGCUGGUAAUCCAGCCCUUGUUAUCAGCUGCGCUGUUCAAUACAUUCACUGUAUGAAAAAUGAAGCUGGAGAAAUUGUUGAAGGAGGUCCAAAGGAUAUCAGAAAGGAAAACCAAAUGUGGAUUUUGAAACAAGAUGAAUCACAAGAAACAGAUGACUGGUAUGUCAGUGAGGUCUCAAUGUUAAACGCUGAUGCUGUCAAGAUCGUUUAA